AUGCCGAACUUCCAACUUGCAGAGUGGCUUAUAAGCGAUGCGGAGAUGCUGCGGCAUGAUGAAGAACUCACGAGAAUCAAGGCCUCUUUGGGUGAAGGUGGCACUGAUCUAUCAGCAAAUAAUGCUCAAGGUAUCGAGGAUGCCGAGGCUGGAGAUCCAGCUCCUGCGGGCAGCACCCAGGAAGUGGCCGCCAAGGUUCAGUACCUGUACGGCGAUGAUUUGGGACAUGGGCGUGUGAACUGGAAAGCAAAGCCCACUCAUCCAGACGAUCCCAAGUCUGACCUCAUCAACAAGGACUCUGGAUAUGUCGUGCGCAAAACCUCACAAGGCGUCAAUCAUCCUUGGGAGAUGCACUCCGUCAUCGUUCGAAGCCCUCAUAUCAUGAAGAUCCUUCGACAAAUCCUAUCAGACUACCCCGGGAUCUCGCCUGCGGUCGACCACUUGACAUUAGACAAGCCAUUCAAGCCAAUGCUUCACCAUUGGGAUGACUUUUGCCAGGCUGUCGAGCGGUCCGAUGACUUCACCAAGCAGCACGUUGAGGGAUUUGUGCUAUUCCUCAAGGAGGAACUCGCGCCUUACUUUGAGGUUUUGAAGAAUGCAGAUGCGCAUGGCAUUAUUGAGCACCAAAACCUGUGGACAAUCUUCCCGCCUCAUCAACUUGUUUGGACGGAUCUCAAGCAACACCACUCAAUCGGCGAGGUAGAACAAACAAAGUUGGAUCAAUUCAGGGGCGAUUUCGUUGUAGCAUACAAGCAAACCGUCUGGGAUGGUUUCAAAUUGAUGGCCAAAUCAGGCGCUGUGGGCAUCCCGGCUUUCACUGGGACACGCGCCAUCGCAGGAUUGAACGCAAUUCCACUUUUGAGAAAGCCCGAUGCAGCAGACAUCGGAAAGGUUGUGCUUGACCGCGGGAGAAAAUUUCUCGGCCUUCUCGGUUGCCAUUACCGGGAGUACUUGGGCCUUGGAUCGUUUGAACGGCCGGAUGACAUGCUAGAAAGACCUCAGAUAGAAUGGGAAGCGGUCUCAGGCCGCGUUGUCUUGGAUGCUGCUCUAUGGAAUGGAAAGGUGGGAGAUCGCGGCGAGCCUCCAAAUGCUGAUUCUCUGCCAAAGACCGAUCGAGAAAUUAGUAUUUGCUCCCCGAUGAUCAAGGGUUACUCCUUGACCUCAAAGAAAUGGUAUAACUUGUUUGUGGACAAUGUAUCAGAUAUUGUUUGGGAUGAUUCAUUCUCCGGGUUGGUGCUUAACAACACUGAAAAGGACCUUCUCCUCGGGUUUGCACAGACGAAGCUGUCCAUGACCACCGACUUCGACGAUCUGGUCCGAGGCAAAGGCAAGGGCGUUAUCAUCCUUCUUUCUGGCCCGCCCGGGGUUGGAAAAACAAUGACGGUUGAAUCAAGCGAGCUUGGAAGCGACGCUGCCAAGGUCGAAAAUAACCUGCGUCAAGCUCUCGUUUAUUGUAAAGAGUGGAAUGCAGUGCUGCUUUUGGAUGAGUCAGACAUAUUCCUUCAAAAGCGAAGUGCUACAGAUUUACAGAGGAAUGAACUUGUGUCUAUCUUUCUUCGCCUGCUGGAAUAUUAUGAUGGCCUGAUGUUCUUGACUACCAACAGGAUUAAGGCUAUGGAUCCCGCUUUCCAAUCCAGAAUCGACUUGACAAUUCAUUAUCCAGACCUUUCGGAAAGCUCUAGAGCCCGUAUGCUACACAUCAGCGAGGCUGCGGUCAAGGACGCCAUCACAGUGAAGUCCUGUCUUCCUAUCAUCCGCCAAGCAUACUUGGAAUGCAAUGAGGGUGGCAUCUCUACAGGACCACGGCUUGUGAUGGCCGUCACUGAUUCCGGCGACCAAGGCCAAUGGCUUACAGGAAAGUACCCAACGAAAGGCUUUUUCGGCUCCAAGUUCUCCUCCAACUUUUCGGCAAACCUCAACAAGGGCCUGCCAGCCACGAUCUCGACCAUCAGUUUAUACUCGGCCCAGACAGGCCAGCUUGAGGCUGUGGUCGAGGCCAAUGCUCUCACGGCCAUCAAAACAGCAGGAAGCGCUGCCGUUGCGACUGAGCUCUUGUCGAGACCCGACUCCUCGCGUCUAGCAAUCAUUGGCUCGGGCGUGCAGGCUUUCGACCAGGUCCUUGCCAUCUGUGUAAUUCGGGAUAUCCGCGAAGUCAGCGUUUACGACUUGGACCCCGCGAGGGCCGAGAAGUUUAUUGGCUUUCUCAAAGAAGUGGAUGGAUUCUCUGCCGAAACCAAAGUCGCACAAUCCGCUGAGGUAGCCGUGUCAGAGGCAGACAUUGUGUGUACCUGCACCACGUCUAGGAAGCCCGUAUUCAAGGGCAGCGCCCUCAGGCCAGGUACUCACGUUAACGCUAUUGGCUCGUAA